AACACUGUAGAUAAAUUUCUCCUCAUCUAGCCGAAUAAAAGAAUCAUCGCGGGUUCCGUAGCGACGAAUAUUUUAUUCAACACUUUCGAAUCCGCUGAAUCAAAAUUCCCGCAAAAAUUGGAAACUAUCAAAGUAACCUGCAAUGUAGCGCGAGGCUAUGUAUAGAGGGUCAUUUAUAUUUCACGAAGUCCGAGGUGCGUGGAAUAAUUCGUGACCUUAUAAAACACCCGCCAUGGAAAAACCGGAAUCUUCGAUGGGCGGCGGAAGCGUAAUUGAACUCGAAGAUCGCGAUCCAAAUAAUUUGAAUCAACAUCUUCAGGUGAUGUGGGACGACGUGAUAGGCGAACCGGACGGGAUCAGAAGUCCGGAGUGUGCGUGGAGACUGAGCGGUCACUGUUUCAGAUUUUCUAAGGGUUGUUGUUACGUCUUUUUAUCAGUUUUGGUGGCACCCUUAGCGGCCCUUUGCUUGGGUUUUACCUUCGCGUGUCUGGCUUUCGAGCACAUCUGGUGCGUCGCUCCGUGUCUCCGCGUGUGGAAAAUAAGUUGUGCGGCUACCAGAACUUGUUUCACAUCGGCGGUUCAGGCCGUCGUACGACCUUGCAGCGACGGAGUCGGUUUUCUAUUUCACAAUAUACGAAUUUUUAAUCAAAAAUUGCCCGACGGUCCGAAUCGGAAGGAAGACGUGCUCCUGGUUUGAACGAACGAUAUACAGAGGCGGGGG